AUGAAUGAUUCUAUUAGUGAAUUAUCUACAACAACAAAAACAUUUCUUUUUGGUUCAGGUCAACUAUUAUCAUUGAAUGAAUUUCAAAUUGAAAAAUUUCCGUAUUUAACAGCAUUGGUCUCUGCAGGAUCUUGUUUUGAUUUGAUUAAAGAUCAUCGAGGAUAUUUUUUACUGGAUUCUCGCAUCGAUUAUCAAGAUUUUUUAUUUGCUUUAGAUGCAGCUUCAUUCCAUUCAGUACGACAAAUAUUCACUAAACUACCUAAAAAUUAUAAUAUUUUAUCGAUUAUUGCUCUUUUGGAUUUUCUUACCCUUGGACCAAAAAGAAAUCCAACUCUCGAAGAAAUUAAUUCAAGUUUCUUUUGGAAUGUUAAAUUCGGUUAUAAAUUCAAUACCUAUGAUUUUAUUCAUAGAUCAUCUGAUUUUCAAGAUAUGGCUGUACGAUUUGCUUUUGCUAUUGCAAAAGAAGAAUAUGAUUUUACAAAUCAUAAAACAAUAGAUCAAAUCUAUUGGCUUAUUAUGUUUAUUCUUAGUGCUUACAAAUUCUUUGAAACACAUAUUCGUUAUCAUAUAUAUAAAAUUGCUCAAAAUUGUUUUUCGAUAUUUUGUCCAUCUUUAUUAAAAUGUUUAUAUCGACUUGAACAAAGAAUAGAAAAAGAAAUACAAUGUACAACAGAUAAUCAUUUUAAUUGUCAAGAAGAAAAUAAUGUCUUCUGGAAUUUGAAUCCAUACAAAAUUAGUUGGGAAUAUGAUUUUGAAACAUUCAAUCAGAUAUGUAACAUACACUAUUUAGGCUUGAUCUCCAGGCGGCGCAUUUACAACACUAUGAUAUUUGAUUGGCCAUGGAUACGUUGUUCUUCCUAUUUCGACUCGUCGGGUAUAAAUUUUCUCACCAUGGAUAAAAAUUUCGAACCGAUUCGUGAGACAAUAUUAGAAAAUAUGUACAAGUAUUUGUUGGAUACACUAUUACAACAAUUAUUAGUGAAAACACAUGAUAACAAAUUCAAAUUCAAUUAUUUUACAGAAAUUAAAUAUAAACCAAUCUUAGAUGAUAUACUAAAUAGUAAUAACGUACAAGUAACAAUACAGGAAAGUAUACUAUCAAACAUCAGUGAAUUGAUACCGAAAUUAGAACAACACUAUACUAAGUUAAUGAAAGAAAUACAAGAUUAUGAACAAAAUCAUGAAAUCUCAAACGAACAUGAAAUAUGGAAUCUAUUCAGGAACUUAAUUUUUGAUAGUAGUAGAUGUAAAUACCGGAAAACACAAUACGAAGCAUUAGAAUGUGAACAAACUCUGAACAAGUUGCAUGAAUAUGAACGUGUAAUUGAUGAAAUACGAAAAACAAUUCUACACGAUUUGUAUAAUCUAUUUAUGAAUGAAAUCAAAAUAUUUGUUGAUCGACGAAAGACAAUACAGAAAUUACUUAAAAGAUUAUCAUUGAAAAAAGAGUUAAAGAUAAAAGUUUCGAAAUUAAAUAAAAUACAUCAAACUACAUACUAUCCACCGCUACCGAAAGUUCAAUGCAAAUAUAAAACACGGUAA